AUGCCCAACAGUAUCUUUGGUGCCUGGCAGGCGAAGCUCAAGAAAAAGAUCCAACCUCAACCUCAGCCUCCGCUUCCUGGACCUAGCGAGAAUACGUCAACACAGCGCAGAAGUCAAAGAUCAAAUUCUCAGAAUUCGUCGUAUUCUCAUCUUGCGCGUUGGUUGAAACCGAAACGACGGAAGACUGCUUCCUCUUCAACAAACUUCGAGAAACUGUCUGUAUCUGAAGUCCCAGGAGUUCCUCAUCUCCUCAACACAGCGGAAGAUCUCAGCAGAGCUUUUCAAUACUCAAGGGAGAGAUGGACUCGCAAUGGGAGUUCUUCGAGUAACCAUACACUAUUUCCACUUGGAUCGCGCAUCCAGACCUCCCAGUUAUCCAAGCCCUUCCUGCAGGACUCUGAAUUCGCGCCCCCUUCACCAGUUAUCGACCAAGGUCCACCUCAGUUAGAUCCUCUUCCUGACAUGUCUAGCUGUAGCCUGGAAAGAUCAUAUACUUUGCGAGCUUGCAUAGAAGCGGCACCAGAUGAUAAGCGUCUGGAAGACAAAUCGCUGCUCUCCACUACUAAGUGUGAUCGCAUCACAACGCGUCCCAAGGUCUCGGCAGCACUUACACUACAGCCUGUAGGGCGCAAGACACUAUCCAUUACGAGGCACCUGUCCUCUUGCGAUUUAGUUGCUCCUGUGACACUAGUCGGCUCCCUUGGCAGUUUUAACAAAUCUGGAGGCUAUAGCCACCCGCAAAGAGGUCAGAUUUCGUCAAACUGGACUCAGGAUAAUUCGGACAAAUUGCUAUCAAUGCAAGAUUAUCCCAUGCAAGAGCCUGGCCAGUGCUCGCCGUCGUGCACCUCGGCCGCCACGUUUCAACCACCCACAAAUGUACUCGAGAGUUCUUACUUGGCUAUCAAAGAAGGCGAUCAACCGUCAGCCAUGGAUUCAUCAACGUCGAAUACGCAAUCACAGCUCUCAGAUUGA